AUGAACGCUCAGCACACUCGCGAACUCUCCCACUAUCUCCGCCACUACAAUGGCCUCUCCCCUCGCGCUGCUGCGGCCUCUCCCGCAAUUCAGGACCUCGACUUCCAAGGCAUGACCAUCAAGACCACCAACGGCACCUACAACGUCCCCUUCUCCCCUCCCUUGGCGUCCUGGGCCGAGGCGCGCCCCCGCAUCAUCGCCAUGGACGAGACCGCCCGCGAGGCCCUCGGCCUCAGCAACAUUUACAUCACAGAGUAUGCCAUGCAGCAAGGACUCGACUAUGUCCCCUUCAUCGGCGUGAUUUUCUACUACUUCUGCGCUAUUGGCUUGCCGUGGCUUGAGCCGGGAAGCGCCCCAUGGGAGGUUCUCAAGCUGGUGUUUCCAGGAGGGCCUGAGUGGUUCCGGUGGACUGUCAAUGCAAUUUUCUGGCCCGUUAUUGGGAUUCACCUAGCAGAGGCGUUCCUGCUUGACCGAUGGAGGCUGCAGAAGCACGGCGUGGCGAGGUGGUCCCGGGUGUGGUGGCUGUGGGAGGGUGCGAUUUUCUGCGAGGGCUUGACGUCGUGGAAGAGAUUUGAUAGGCUGGUUGCUGAGAAGAAGGCCGAGAAGGAGGCCAAGAAGAACUGA